AUGGUACUCAUGCUUGUCUUUUCUGUUUCUGCAAGCAAAGCAAAAAGUUCUUUGGUUUCCCAUCAAAUCAAGAUCUUAAGUGGGCUACCUGUUGUGAUUUCUGUUGUAGAAAUUAGUAAAGACGAAGAUGUCCUAUCUAAUAUCUUCUCCGAUGUUGGUGCAGUACUUGACAAAGCCUCGGCAGAUUUUUCUGUCCUCGAUUCUGUCAAUGUUGGCACAGUACUUGACAAAGCCUCUGUAGAUUUUUCUGUCCUCGAUACUGUCAAAGUAUGA